AUCGUGCCCGACAAGUCGGCGCCGAUUCCCGCGGCGGUGCAGGCGGCCGCCAACGCCAAUGCGCCCGUGGGCAGCUCGGCCGAGAACGCAUACCCCGUGCCGUCGGCGGCGCCAGCCUACCCCGCGUCGUACGGCGCGGCCUACACGUGGGACGCGCAGCAGCAGUGGCAGCAGUACUAUGCGAGCUACUACGCGGCCGGCUGGUCGUACCACAACGGCGUCUGGUACGACAGCACGGGCGCGGCCCAGACGGCGUACGAUGGCACUGCGGCGGCCGCCUACAGCUACAAGACGCCGACGCUGAGCGCCAAGACGGACGCGGCUAAGAAGGAGUAG